AUGUAUUGCAGGUCGACGUGGAACCGUCGCUAGAAUUCCGGAAACUGGCCUGCCUGCCACGUCCUUGCUCAACGCAAUCGCUCAGCCCAAAACAUCUCACCGUCACAACAAACGGACUUCCCGCCUGUGUCUUCCGGACAUCCGCGUUCUCCAGCGACACGCGUUGGGGGUCACAUCUCGCGCUACGUCCAUGGAAUACCUCUCGGGUCCUAUACCAUCCAUUAAAUCCUCAUGUUCUGCCAUGCGCCGCCAGCGAAAACUGUUUCCCACUGGCGUACACCUCCGCGCCGUUAACCACGUCUUCUUCGAUCCGGCGCUGUGGAAUUCCGGUAUGAAGUCUGAUACCUCGCAGCCCCGUCGCAGGUGCACUCAGUGAACAACGGCAUCCGAGAGAAGCCGCUCAUGCCCGACGACUUCUAUCGUCCACCUCCCACCUCGCAUUACUAGAACUGUUGCAGACGCGUCAAACAGCGCUCGUCUGGAAGGUGACGAGUUGGCCCACCUCGCGGUGCAUGGGCGAAAGCGGCGCCGUGCGUGCGCGAUCCCUCCCUCGCCAUCGCCUUCGGACCGCGGCGCUGGUCCCGGGAAGCUUUCAAGGUUCAAUAAACGAUCUUCAGGGCCGCUUAAGGGUGGUUCCUCUGCACCCGUCCUGCUGCCGGAGAGUGCACUCUAGCCGUGUGCGUGAGCGCAUCAACGUUGGAAUGCGGGGUAAAAGCGAGAGGUGCUGCUCCUGCGGCCUGGCAUCACGGGAGUCAGAUGCAAAGUUCUGCAUGCACGAACGCUGUACUAGUACAGGAGGUGAGGUGCCU